AUUUGUUAAUUCUAAGGCGCUUUGUCCCUUUAAUUCCGUUUUUUCCAACGGCGACGUCUUAUGAUCACCUGCGAGGGGCGGGACAUGCGCGUUGGAUGGAUGGAGGAGGGAGGCGCACAACUCUAGACCUACACCCGCACGGAGAGGCUAUACUCUCGGGAUGCGCGUUAUCGCCACAGAGACCCUCGACUGAAAUGGAGAAACAAAACGCCAUGCAUCCAAAACAACCGCGGAUACCGACGCCGUCGCCUUAUUCCGGACAUUAAGAGCCGUAUCGCCGCGUAAUUAGCUGGAGGGAGGGGGAUUAAAAGGGAAAGGGGGUCGAUCAUGGGGAACGAAGCGAGCCUCGAAGGCGGCGAAGGGGCGCUCGCUGGAUUACCAGCGGGACUCGCACCUGAUGGGAAGGGUGGCUUCAAGAUGCCCGCUGGGGUGGAGGCAGACCUCAGUAAUCUAUCUGAGGAGGAAAGAAAGCAGCUUGUGGCCGCUAUGGCCAAAGCGCAGUCCAGGCCACCAGAGACUCAAGCUGGUGGCACCAGAGUCCCAGCAGGUCUCAGUAAAAGUCGGACUGUAGAUGCAUUUGGAGAGGGGCCGCCUCCCAAGCCAAAGCCUGGACGGAGCCCCUCCUCCCUCAGCCUCCUUGAGUCACGUUUCCGGCAGGAGCCCAAAGACCCAGAACAACCACGAACUGGCAUGUUCUCGUCUGGCUUCUUGAGUGGGGCCAACCCCCUGAGUGCGGUCUCUUCUGCUGUCUCCUCUGCCAGCAUCCCAAAGUUUAGUUUGUUUGGUGAUGAUGAGGAAGAGGUGCCUGCAAAGCAGGAAGGAAAGCCUCCUGGCCCACAGAGUGGAGCGGGCAAGGGUCCUCCGCAGCAAGGGGGUAAGCCACCUCAGCAAGGUCCAACUAAAGGACAGGGGCCUGAAGGUAAACCUGGAGGUCCUGGUCCCCAACAACAAGGACCCAAACCUAGUGGACCAGGACCUCAACAAGGACCCAAACCUGGGGGACCAGCAGCCCAACAGCAGGGACCUAAAACUGGGGGACCAGGACCCCAACAGCAGGGACCUAAACCUGGGGGACCAGGACCCAAACAGGGACCCAAACCUGGGGGACCAGGACCCCAACAGCAGGGACCUAAACCUGGUGGACCAGGACCUCAACAGGGACCCAAACCUGGGGGACCAGGAGCCCAACAACAGGGACCUAAACCUGGUGGACCAGGACCUCAACAGCAAGGACCCAAACCUGGAGGACCAGGCCCCCAGCAACAAGGGCCUGGGAAACCUGGUCCAGGGGUUGCAGCAAAAUCCAGUGGACCUCAACAGCAGGGUAAACCUGGGCCGGUGGCUCAAGGGAAAGCAAUGUGUCCUCUUUGUAAUUCUACAGAGCUGAAUCUGCAGGCUAAAGACCAGACACCCAACUACAACACCUGCACUCAGUGCAAACAGCAGGUGUGCAGCCUGUGCGGCUUCAGUCCACCAGACUCAGCGGGUAAGGAAUGGUUGUGUCUGAACUGUCAGAUGCAGCGGGCAGUGGGGGGCAUGGAGCCUUCUGGACCUCCAAUGAUGAAACAGCCCCCCAAGCAGGGUUCUGCACCUCCCUCCCCACAAAGGAAAGAGCCACCGUCUGGGUCUCCCUCUAAGGGUGAGCCAGGGAAGAAGCCCCCAAUGCUGACCAAACAACAGAGUAUUGCUGAUACUGGGAAAGGAAGUACACCUCCAACUACACCAAAAUCUGGACCACAGCAGGGACCUCAGCCAGGACAACUAGGGGCCAAGCGUGGACAGCCUCCACCUCUUCAAAAACCUUCACAGAGCCCAAAAGGUAGUCCUCAGCCUUCUCCAGCAAAAACUACUCCAAAACAAGAUGGAGGGGGCUUUUUUGGAGGAUUUGGUCUGGGAGGAUUGACAGAGGUGACAAAACCCUCUGUAGGUGCCCAGGCUAGCGAGUCAGUCGCAGGAAAACUCUUUGGUGGUUUUGGUGGGUCGUCCAAACCUCAGGCCGGCUCUACUGCUCAGGCCAGCGAGUCGGUCACUGGAAAACUCUUCAGUGGGUUCAGUGGUCUCACCGAGUCGGCUAAACCUACGCCAGCAAGUUCUCAGUCUGCCGAGAGCGUGUCUGGAAAGAUGUUUGGUUUUGGCUCUUCCAUCCUGAGCUCUGCCACCAAUCUCAUUUCUGGGGAGGAAUCAAAGUCUCCCCCAGAAUCUCCUCCAGGAUCGCCCCCUGAUUCUCCCAUUGGAUCUGAAGCAGACUCCCCUCCCGGAUCCCUCUCUGACUCAGACUCAGAGUCACCUCCUGACACACCACCUGCUUAUUCCAAAGACACAGCAUCUCCAAAACCUACAGCUGCUGAAGGAAAAACAUCAGCGGAUAUGCCCCCUCCAAAAUCGACAGAAGUAGAGAAGCCUCCGACUCCAGUUUCAGGCUCUGAGGCCCAGUCCUGCUGUCCACUCUGUAAAGUGAAGCUGAACAUGGGAUCAGGAGAGUCACCUAACUAUAGCACCUGUACAGAGUGCCAGAAGACUGUGUGCAACCUGUGUGGAUUCAACCCCACUCCACAUCUCUCAGAGAAAGAAUGGCUCUGCCUAAACUGCCAGACCCAAAGGGCUCUCUCUGGGCAACUUGGGGAUAUGCCACCUCCACCUUCUCCAUCCAAGCUACCAGCCAAACACGAACCCACCCCUUCCUCCUCCCCAGCCCGUGCUGCAUCCUCCACCCCUUCCUCUUCUGCACCUACUGCCACUGCCACCCCCGCCAAAGGGCUAACACGGAUGCCCAGCAUAACUCAGGCCCCAGCUGACAAGUCUGAGCCAGUCUCAGCCAAAGUUGAUGCUAAAGAUAUCAAAAAUACAGAUGCAGAACAAGGGGUUACAGCAGAGCCAGUACUGAAGAGUACACAGGUAGUACCAGAAGAGAGCAAAGAACAAGCACCUGGCACCCUGAAUGAAAACACAGAGGGCGUAGCAACUAUAACCGAGCAAAUAGUUAAGGAAGAUGCCCCUCCUUCACCUCAUGUUUUAAAAGAGACGGCAGAUGUUAAAGGGGCAGAUGUAGAACAGGCUGAAACUGUAGAACAAACUGAGGACCAAGCAGCGGUACAGAAUACAGAGAAAAGUGAGCCAGAACAGUGCCAGGUCAAAAAGACAGAAUAUGCUAAUACAUUUGAAACGGAGCCUGAAAGCAGCCAGGAAGCACCUAUAAUUGAUAAUGUUAUUCAGACCCUUCUGGUUAGUGACAUGGAAGCCAUUUCAGAAAAAGAAAUAGAGCCGCAAUCCACUGAGACAUCAGAGCCAGCCACAGAGAUCAAAAUGACACAGUCCAAUGCAAGCUCUCCUAUAAGCAAGGAACCACAUAGUCAGACUACAGAGAAACAAUCUGAAGAGCUCGCACUACCCUCAAAUGUAGAUACGGUAGAUAACAUGCCUGUAAAGGAAAGCUCUAUCGAGACAGCAACUACUGAUCCUGAUCAACGUAGCAUAGGGGAUGUGCCAGAGAGGAAACCUGAGGCCUCUGUGCAAAUUGAGGCACCAGGGAUUGAGUCCAGUGAGCCCCGUGAUAAUCAGCCAUCCUAUGAUAUUACCUAUCAGGAAGAAUCUGCAGAGCCAGAAAAUAGAGCAGAUCGACUUGAAAAUGGAGUCAUAGCGGAGGCCAUUUUGAAUAACGAAUUAAUAGAAGAGCAGGUUACAGAAACAACACAGUUAACCCCCCAAAAGAAUGUAAAUGUAUGUGACAAAGAAGAGGUUAUAGUAAAAAUGCUAGAGAUGAAAGAUCCAUUUGAAAAGUCAGAAGUCACUAGCAAAGAUUCUAGUCUUAUUGCAAAUUAUAUUUGUGUAGAUAAUAACGAUGAAAAUUCUGAAAAAAGUCUAAAAGAAGAUAAGAUAGAGGUAGAGGACACAUCACAAACACAAUUAGAUGAGCUCUCACAAUCUCCAGUUACUGAACUCAACUUCACAGAAGAAAUAUUGGCGAGUGGAUCUGAAAAUGUUAGUAAAUAUAACCCAAAGGAUCACUGCACUAAAGAGCUCUGUGCAGAAAAAGAGGAUAGGCCACUGGAAAAGGAACAGAUGAGCACAGAUAAAGUAGUGCUGGAAAAAUGUAUGCCAGAUCAAGCAGGUGGAGAUUUAGAGAUCCUCAAGAACACAGAGCAGAAAGUCACUCUCAAUACUUUCUCUGAACAAGAGAUUAGUCCAGAUAAAAACAUAGAGGAGAAAAAAAUGGGGGAUACAUACCCUCCAGCCCUUCAAGAAGCUGCUCCCAAACCAGAGAAAAAGAUGUCAGAAACAGAGAAAGUAUGUGAGCAAAACACAGAGUCAGAUGCUGUUAUUACAGAGAAUGAGAAUGAAUGUAAAGUAAUUAAAGAUAAACUAUCAUCUGUUAAUAAUCAUACUGUUUCAGAGAUUGUAGAAAAAUUAUUUCCAGAAGAAGAGGAAAUUAGGCAAAUUCCAGACACUGUGACAGAAAAAGCUCUAGAACAGUCUGUCAUGCCAAGAGGUUUUACUGACCAGAAAAUAGGAGUCCCCUCAUCCCCUGUGGUUAGUCAGAAUGAAGACAUAAAAGCAAUAAUUGAGAUUAAGCCUGAAGAGAUGCAGUCUACACAGCAAGCCCAGACUCCUGCUGUGAAUGAGAUGGUAGAAAAAAUAUUGCCAGAACAGAAUGAUAUUAGGCAGAUUCCAGACUCUGUGACAGAAAAAGAUCUAGAACAUUCUGCCAUGCCAAAGGGUCUUACUGACCAGGAAAUACAAGUCUCCUCAUCUCUGGUGGUUAGUAAGCAUGAAGAUGAAAAAGCAGUAAUUGAGAUUAAACCUGAAGAGUUGCAGUCUACACAACAAGUCCAAACCCUUGCUGUAACAUCUACUACAUCUAGUGUGAAAGAUAAAUUAGUCAGUGAGGAGCUGAUGGAAAAAGCACUGGUUGUAACUGACCUGGAAGUCACCAAAAAAGCUAAACUUGAAUCUACAGCUAAUUGUGUGCCCCAUAGCCUAGACCAUGAUGUAGAAGUAGUCUCCCCACCAUCUACAUUUAGCCAACAGGAAAGAAACAAAUCAGAGGAGGGGAAGUUGACCUCUGAACCACAAGAAAAAUUGGAUGAUGUGCUACAGCCAUUGAUAAAGUCUAAUGAAAUUAAUGAAUCUGGAGAGAAUAAAGAAGAGGCUCCUGUCCCAGUGAAAGAGAGUGAGCUACUGAGGAAGCCUGGUAAGAAAGAUAAAGAAAGCAGCCCUAUGAGUCCUUCAGACUUGGCCAAGUUGGAAAGCACCGUCCUUCCAAUACUAGAGGCUCAGACAACAUCUAAAGAGAAAUCACAAACUGAAACUCCAAAGGUCAAGCGUCGACUGGAGGUGUUGCCAAUGUCUCCAGAACCCAGCUCAGAGGAUGACCAACAUGGAGAAUCUCAAGAGCAAAAAAUUGAUGUACCAAAAAAAGAGCGGAAAAAACUUUUGGUUCCAACUGAUAUUCAAGGAGAUUCUUUUGAGGACAGUAGUGAGGGAGAACCUUCACCUAAACUGCAAAGGAAAAAGACUGUUGGAGAUAAGAAAGAAGUAGAAAUGGAGAGUCCUAUGGACGAGGAGGAUUUCAUCCGGAAGCAGAUCAUAGAGAUGAGUGCAGAUGAGGAUGCAUCACCAUCUGAUGAAGAAAACCUUGCCAGACGAAAAAUUAAAGAUCAAGAGAAGUCGCAAAUGAAACAAAAUGCAAAGAAAGAUGAAAAGAACAAAAGUGAGUCAUGCAAAGGGAGACGCCAUCUCAAAAAGAGCAGUAUCAGUCCAGAAGAUGAGCCUGAACGGAAGAGUAUUAUCUCUGUAACUAAAAUUGAAGAACUAGCUAAAGGAGAACAACCUUCAGUAGACAGUGGAGCUGGUAUACGACAUUUUAAAACAAUUGAACUUAACAGUACAGCGACUGUACGUCAGAUAUCAGAUGACGGUGAGCUAGAGAGCCUUACAGACUCUCCUGAUGACAGGUCAAGAGGUGAAGGCUCUUCCAGUUUACAUGCAUCCAGUUUUACCCCAGGAACAUCUCCAACAUCUUUGUCUUCUCUUGAUGAAGACAGUGACAGCAGCAGCCCAAGUCAUGUUCGGUCUAGUGGUGAGGGCAAGCAGCAGAGGAAAGCAAAGCACCGGUCAGGCCAGCUUCCUACCAUUGAGGAUUCAUCAGAGGAAGAGGAGCUGCGAGAAGAAGAAGAGCUUCUGAGAGAACAGGAGAAGCAGAAGGGCACAGGAAAAAAGUCAAAGAAAGACAAAGAAGAGAUACGGGCACAGAGAAGGAGAGAAAGACCCAAAACUCCGCCAAGCAACCUCUCACCAAUUGAGGAUGCAUCUCCCACAGAAGAGCUACGACAAGAAGCAGAGAUGGAGGAAUUCCGCAGGUCUUCCUGCUCAGACCUCUCCCCAAGCAUGGAGUCAGAACCAGAGAGCUUUGAGAUUCUCCCAGAGAAGAUUGUUGCUGUCCAAAAAGUGUAUCAGUUACCAACAUCAGUCUCACUGUACUCUCCAACAGAUGAGCAACACACUGAUAGUCAGUCCAAAGAAAAGAGAAAACAUGCAUUAAGAAGUGCGGAUGAGGCAUAUGAAGAGAUUAUGCUCAAGGUCAAAUCUCCAACUAACGAUGGAAAGGAACAUCCACCUGGUAAAGAAUCUCUUUAUGGGAGCAUGCUGAUAGAAAAUUAUGCAUAUGAGUCUCUUGUUGAUGAUGCGUCCUAUGAGCAGGAACCAGAUAAACUUUUUGUGUCAGAGAAACCCAAAAAACCCCUGAGAUCACCUGAUGAGGUUUAUGAGGACAUGAUGCAAAGAAAGGAAGAGAUGAUGCUUAAGGAACAGGGGAUAAAACACGGUAAGCCAGUAGAAGAUGCUCCUAAAGCAAAAACUGUGUUGCCCGAAACUGACUCAAGCAAAGAACAAAGCAUUAUGUCAUCAAGCACCACAGGUCAGUCCGGAAAGGAUAGAAGGCCAUUAUUAAAUGCAGAAGCAGCCUAUGAGGAGCUUAUGAAGAAGCAAAGAGCAGUACUAACUCCAGGCACCAGUCCAACUCAAGCAGGCCCUGAUCUGAGUGGCAUGGCACAAGGUACAACAAUAACCCAGGUUGAAAAAAACGAUCCAGCACCCCUACGAAGAAUACUGCCUAUUCCUGAUCUAAGAGUGACACCGUGCUCCUCAGGUGAAGAGGAAUCUGGUGAAGAGAGUAUUUCUGAUCAAACACAGGACUCUGAGAAAGCUACAGUUUCAGUUACAAAGACUGAACCAGAACCACUUGUGGAUGAGGCUUUCCAGAAAACAUCAGCCUCAGAGCCAGUCGCAGAUGAUUUGUCACUACAAAGAGAAGUAGCAUUGCCUGCAGUAUCAAGUGAUUCACAGGAUGCCACAGAAAAUGAUGUAGGAAUUGAGCAGACAGUUGUUGUUGACUUGUCCAAGUCAUCAGCCCCUAGUCAAAUUGACUCUUUUACAGCACCAGUUCCUAGUGUAAUUUCAAGACCGUCGGCCCCAGUAGUUGUAAGUGUAUCACCUUUGCCCACAGUACCGCAAUAUAUAGUACCCACUGUACCUAGUGUUGUAUCAACUGCUCCACCAGUUCCUCCCAAACCAGUAGUACUACGCAGAGCUGCAUCUCUGGAAAAAGCAGACAUUCCAGUUCCUCCACCCUUACCCCCUCCAACACUACCCAAACCCUCUGUGUAUCCCAAAAAGACUCCACCACAGGUCCCCCCAAGAACUACUCCAGUUGGCAUGCCAACCACAGGGGACAGUGUACCAGUAAGACAGCCUCUCACUCCAGGCUAUAAGCCCCAUGUUCCUCCACCUGUACCACCUAAGCCAUCCUCUAUCCCUGCAGGCCUAACCUUCAGUCACAAACCUGGGGAGACUGUUAAACCUCGCAUAGCUCCCAAACCCAUAGCUGGUGCUCAGCCACCCUUUACAGCCCACACACCUACAAGACCUACCAUACUGAGUACAAGCAGUGCAGAUAGUGUCCUUAAUCUGAGUCCUUCUGCCGAAAAUAAGACCACAUCUCCUCUCAAGUCCCCUACAUCACCCAGGUUUGGCAAGGUUUUACGUGACACAUAUGUUGUUAUUACUUUGCCAUCUCAGCCUGGUUCACCUACAGAAGGUAUCACAACCCAAGCCUCAAUAGGUCCUAGCCAAGAAUCACCUCAGAAGCCACCUCAUUCACCACCUCAACCACCUCCACAAUCACAAACAACUAGAGUACCAUUGGCAUUCACACGAAUUACUGAAUCUAUUGAAAGUCAAGAAAUAUGUGGUCCAGAGAAGGUAGUUUCUAGCAUGAGUCAUGUCUACGAGGCUAUUUCAACCUCAACGCAGCCUCAGUCAAUUAUUCCAAAUGUUGGCGUUCAGGUAGUUACCACUGAAGUCCAAAGAACCACAGUGUCUGUUGUGCAUGAAAGAACACCACCUCCACAUCCUAUUCCAAGAGCCUCUGGCAUCUCUGUUGUUCAAGAAAACAUAAAACCUGAACCAGCUCAAGUGCAGAAUGGUCAUGCCUACCAUCCUGGUGAGGUCGUGGAUCUCCGUACCCCAAAGAUAGAUGCAGAGACAUCCAUAAAAGGUGUGGAUCUGUCUUCCUCUGAGUCAGGACGACAGUCCCUUGCUAUUGAUAGUGGUGGACGUCAGCAAAGUGCUGUGCAGUCAUCUGUAGUAAACCUAAGCACUGAUACGUCCUCAGUCUCUGUGGUUACUGACAACAUCACCAUCCUCACGUGCACAGCCACUGUAGCUUAUGGUAGUGAUGUAUCUCUGUCAACAUCAAUGCCUCUCCAACUUACAACAGCUAAAUCCUUUGAGCCUGUGUCUCAAAUUAUUUACAGACCUGUGGAUUCUCAACCAGAGAAACCCAUAAAUCUCUCUACAACAAUGGGUAAAACUGGUCCUGUAACAAUGGCUCCUACAAUUGCAAGCAAUGGCAUUUGUGCAACUAUACCCCCUCGUCUAGAAACAGGCUUAUCCGGUGCAGUUGAUCUCACCACAGUAAAACCUGCACAAACUGUGGUUGCAAUGAAUGGGUCCACUGCAGAGGUGGUUACUGCUGUAAUUACAGAGGAUGAUGGAAAACCAGUAGAUCUUACUGCUGGAAGAAGAGCAGUCUGCUGUGAUGUAGUCUACAAGCUUCCUUUUGCAAGCAGCUGUACAACUCAGCAGCCCUCAGCUCCAUUACCAGAGGAUCGCUUUGGCUACAGAGAUGACCAUUAUCAAUACGAUCGUACUCCUUAUGGUAUGAGAGGUCUUGGUGGCAUUAAACCCUCAAUGUCGGACACAAACUUGGCAGAAGCUGGUCUCUUCUUAUAUAAAAGUAAGCAUAGUUAUGAUUACAAGGAGACCACUGAAGGUGCUGUAGACCUGACAUCUGGAAAAAUGUCGGUGGCAGGUGAAGCUGUAGACUAUUCGAACAAGUCUACAGGAGUGUGCACUGGAAUGACAGUUCCACAGUACACACAAGCCAGGAUUACUUCAGCAGUUGGAACCCACUAUGGUGUUUCUAGUGUCCUAAGAUCUUCCAAUGGUAUUGUUUAUUCUUCUGUAGCAGCUCCAGUCCCUUCUACAUAUGCCAUAACCACCCAGCCUGGCUCUAUCUUCAGCACAUCCUACAAUACUCUGUCAGGGAUGCACACAAGUGAUACUAUGCCAUCACUGUCAACUCUACAGAAUCAGCCUCUCACUAGGUCGCACAGCUUUCUUUCAACAAUUGCUGUAACCACAGCAGAAGAACAAAGUGACUUACCAUUAAAUCUGGAGACUGUUGUUUCAAAGGCUGGCCUUUCAACAACUCUCUCAGAUGUAAUUUCAACAGUCACCACAGUGGCAGCACUGGACACCUACACAAAUGCUUCACUGGAGGCAAUUGCAGCCUCUUUAGAAGCUCUGUCUUCACCCUUGGUUCCAGGAGAUGGACAGUACCAGAUGGAGUGUGAGCUUCUUGAGCUAGAAAAGAUGAAGCAGCAACGCUUGGCUGAAGAACUUGAGUGGGAGAGACAGGAGAUACAGCGGUUCCGUGAUCAAGAACAGCUUCUUGUGCAGAAGGAGCUGGAAGAACUCCAGGCCAUGAAACAGCAAAUACUAUGUCAGCAAGAAGAGGAUAGACAGGCCCACCUUUUGAUGCAAAAGGAAACUUAUGCUCAGCAACAGGAGCAGUUAGAGCAGAUCCAGAGACUCCAAGAACAGCUCAGACAGCAGUUGGAAGAACAGAAGUUCAGGCAGAUGUAUCCAGGUGAAGUCCUGCCAGAGGCUCUUGUUGUGGCAGGAGAAAGAAAAAUGGACAGUGGCUGCCAGACUGAUGAGGAGGAUAAUACUGAAAAGGCCUACACUGCAGGAAGGAAAAAGAAAAGUACAAAAAAAAGUGUUGAUAGCUGUGUACAGACAGAUGAUGAAGACCAAGAUGAAUGGGAAGUUCCUGCUCGAAGCAGGCGCAGUAGAACACGUGGUGGUAAAAAUGGCAUGGGUGAAAGAGGAGCUGUUUCAGUUCAGGCCCUUACUGAAAUCUCUGUACAAACAGACCCCUCAGGAACACUUAGGGGGCACUCUGUGCAGGUAGAUACUAGAUUAGAUUAUCCUGACUCUGAUAUAACUUCUUCUCCAAAGAGGCGUCCCACUCCACUUGAUAUAGGUCAGUCUCCUCACCUCAAAGCAGAUGCCUCUACUCUUCAGGUUGUCCCAGGUCCUCCCAAAUCCCCAAAAGUACUGUACUCCCCAAUUUCCCCUUGUGUAUCCCCUAGCAAAUCCCUUGAGUAUUUGUCCUAUGGGAAAUCCCUUGGAGACACAAGCCCACAGAGAAUACACUCUGCCACAGAUCUAUCCAAAGGUCCACCAACAAGUCCUAGGGCUCCCAAGGUCAUACAAAGGUCAAUGUCUGACCCUAAACCCAUGAGCCCAACUGCUGAAGAAAGGGCAGCAGCAAAUUUCCAGUAUUCUGAGGGUUACUCUGGAAAGGGAUCUCCAAGUGGAACUCCAUCUGGCACCCAAAAGAAGGUUAAGAGGACCCUUCCUAACCCACCUUCAGAGGAAGAAGCGGUUAAUGCUGGUCAAACAGCCUACAGCACUGGCUCAGCUCGUCGCCGUCUCUGCCGGAGCACUAACAUGGCACGAGCAAAAAUCCUGCAGGACAUUGACCGUGAACUAGACCUGGUUGAGAGAGAGUCCUCCAAACUGCGUAAAAAGCAAGCUGAACUGGAUGAGGAAGAAAAGGAGAUUGAUGCCAAGUUGCGAUACCUGGAGAUGGGCAUUAACCGAAGAAAGGAGGCAUUGCUUAAAGAAAGGGAGAAGAGGGAAAGGGCCUAUCUGCAAAGUGUUGCAGAGGACCGUGACUACAUGUCUGACAGUGAGGUGAGUAACAUUCGUGAAACAAGAGUUGGAGAGGAGGUCAGUGGACAUGGGCUUGAGAGACCACGUACUGCACCACAGUCAGAACUUGAUGAAUUUGUUCCUCCACAGACCAAGCACGACCAGUAUGGAAAAUAUUCCCAGUACCAGUACCCACAGUAUCAGCAGUCCCUGUACCAGCCUCAGUCACCAUACCAAUCCCAGUCCAUCUACUCUUCUGUUCCUUCUCUGACUGCCUCACAACAACAGAGCUACCACCAAAUGCUUUUGCUCCAGCAGAAAGCCAGACAACAAGCUGCUCUCCUCUCUGAAUUAGAUUCUACCAAAAUUUCCACCAACUAUGACACGUCAUCUUACUUGGGAGGAAAAUAUGGUAACCACCUUGACUUGCAUAGCCUAGAAGAGCGUGCUGGCAGCUUGGCAGUCAGUCCUAUGUCAAAUGUAUCUGCUGACUCCUUCUAUGCAGACUUAGAGCAACAUCAAACACCAAGGAGCUAUAUGCUUUUAGAAGAUGCAGCAGAACUUGCAAAAAGCACUGUUAGCCUUUCAUCUGCCAGCUAUGGCAUUGCUGAGAGGGAGCUAGCCAAAGCAGAGCACCUUCUGAGACGCACUGCUGCAGAUGUUGGUACAGACUACCUGGGAAGCUCCUCCAGACUUCACUCUUAUGGUAAGGCUCAAGAUGAAGAGGACCCAAUGGAAGAGCCAUUUGAACUAAAGCUUUUAAAACAACAACUGAAACAGGAGUUCCGGAGAAGCACAGGGGGCACUGAAAGCUUAGAGCAGCUUGCUGGACUCUCACAUCACUAUACCACUAGCACUGGAGUGUCUAGUGGAGGCUACAGGGCGUUCCCCAAAACUGACAAGUACAGCAUCAGUAGAUUGACCUUAGAGAAACAGGCUGCCAAGCAACUUCCUACAUCUAUGCUCUACCAGAAACACAAAAACACCAGCAACAUAGGCAAGUACUCCUCCAUCCAGGAUAGCAGGGCUCUAGAAACAGACUAUAGUAGUUACUUGGGGUCCAGUAGUGCUUCUCCCAGAUCAAGCAGACUUCUGCAGGAUGAAAUCACCUUUGGGCUACGCAAGAACAUUGCUGAACAGCAGAAAUACCUGGGCUCCACUCUUGGGGCCAACUUGGCAGGUUCACUCAAUCUGGGCCAAAGCCUAAAUCUGAGCCCAGGCAUGAGGUCCACUUUGGGAGAAGACUCUGCUUACCCUAGUGGAAGUAGGUCACGGCCUUCCUCUAGACCCUCCUCUGUGUAUGGCCUUGACCUGUCCCUUAAAAGGGAUACCUCAAGUUCAUCUCUGAGGCUCAAAGCAGAAGGUGACCCCUCCUCAGACACCUCAGCUUUCCAGGCUCCAUCAGGCAGGUCAAAACCUACAAGCCUGCCCAUUGUACAAGGUGGGCGUGGACGUAUUCCUAUUGUGGCACAGAACUCAGAGGAAGAGAGCCCACUGAGUCCAGUGGGUCAGCCAAUGGGUAUGGCACGGGCAUCAGCGGGUCCGCUCCCGCCCAUAUCUGCUGACUCGCGCGAUCAGUUUGGGUCAUGUUUGUCCCUCCAAGACCCUCAACAGCAACAUCUCAGAGAAGAUCCUUCAAGAGGGCGUGGCUAUGUGCUAAUGGAUGAUCUGCAGGGCACCAUGUCUGAUAGUGAAGCACUAAGUGAAUCCCUGGUGGGUUUGAGCGGAGACGAUCCAGGAAACUCACAUGAGAAUGUCACAAACGCGUACCACCUGCGACGGGAGGAAACUGACUGGUUUGAUAAACCACGAGAUGGGCGCACAGAGAACGGACAAGGGGAUAGAAGACAGGGAAAGUCAGCACACUACCCGUUUCCUCAUGCCAGAAUAAAACUACAGAGGGAUCCCAAAGAUCGUAGUGUAUCAGGAAACGGACUGGGCAUCCGUGUGGUUGGAGGAAAAGAGGUCCCGGGCAGCAAUGGGGACAUUGGUGCGUAUGUUGCCAAAGUAUUACCUGGAGGAGCUGCGGAACAGACGGGGAAGAUUGUGGAAGGAAUGCAAGUUCUGGAAUGGAACAGCAUUUCUCUGACUGGUAAGACGUACGAGGAGGUGCAGGGUCUAGUUGGUCACCAGGUCGGAGAGGCGGAGAUAUAUGUCAGACUUGACCUAAAUAUGCUGUCUGAUUCUGAAAGCUCCCACCUAGACCUUCAAGACCAGACCAAAGGAGACAGACCUCCGCGGUCACCAGGUGUGGACCCUAAGCAGCUGGCUGCCGAGCUGCAGAAAGUGUCCCAGCAGCAGGUGCCGUCCUCCUCUGCGUCAACACUGGAUAAAGCCUCAGCGUCAGCUGGCUCCAGUGCAGUUCCCAGCCCUGGCCAGCCUGGUUCGCCCUCUGUCAGCAAGAAGCGUCACAGCAAGACCUCUGAGGCUGCAAAAACUCAGUCCCAUUCAGUGUCAGGAGAGAUCCAGCUUCAAAUAAAUUACGACAAACAGCUGGGAAAUCUCAUUGUCCAUGUUCUUCAAGCACGAAAUCUGGCACCCCGGGACAAUAACGGCUACUCGGAUCCGUUCGUUAAAGUUUACUUGCUGCCGGGUAGAGGUCAGGUCAUGGUUGUGCAGAAUGCCAGUGCUGAAAACAAAAGAAGGUCCAAACAUGUUCAGAAGAGCUUGAACCCAGAGUGGAACCAGACGGUCAUCUACAAAAAUAUCCAUCUGGAACAGCUAAGAAAGAAGACACUAGAGGUCAGCGUGUGGGACUACGACAAGAGCUCUGCCAAUGACUUCUUGGGAGAGGUACUAAUCGACCUGUCCAACACGGCCCAACUGGACAAUGUCCCACGCUGGCUGCCUCUGAAGGAGCAGAGCGAGGGCGAACAUCACCGGCGUUCUCACUCGGGACAGGGCCACCAGCACUCGCCCAAACCCCCUGGAGGACACGGGAGCCAGCAUUCCCCAAAGACCUCCAGCCACAGCAAAGAGGACUCGCCCAAAUCCUCGGUCAUCAAGAGCCGUAGUCACGGAAUCUUCCCUGACCCUGCCAAGGACACACAGGUCCCUACUAUUGAGAAAUCUCACAGUAGCCCCGGCACGUCGAAGCCGUCCCUCUCCGAGGGCCAAGCUCGCCCCCACGGAGGCCCCCGUGCUCAUGGCAAAAGUGGCACGGCCCGGGCACACCUUGACGAUGCCGCGGCACCGGCCGAAGCUGCCGGCCAGCAGCCCCGUCUCCAACCAACCCAAAUUGGCCGCCUCGACCCGAGGCACCACAGGCACAGCGUAGUUGGUGUGCUCACCAUUCAGAGAGCCCCAUCUGAGUCGCCGGCCAAUGAGAUCCCUGACGGCCGUCACCUGACCCUCAGGAAAGCCAUGUCUGAAGAGAGGCCACAGCCGGACGGAGCCUCAUUGGACAGCGGUCUGAGUGGCAGUGCCUUUAGCCUAUUGGAUGAAGAGGGUGGGACCAAUGCGGUGGAUAGUGCUAUCUUCCAGGUUCCCAGAUUUGGAAAGAUUCCAAACGGCACAGAAGCUGUGAAAUCCGCUCAUGGAGAUACAGAGGGUAAGACUCAGGUGAUGGGGGAGAUAAAGAUCGCCCUGAAGAAGGAGAUGAAGACCGAGGGGGAACACCUGGUGCUUGAGAUCCUACAGUGCAGAAACAUAACAUACAAAUUCAAGUCUCCAGACCACCUCCCAGACCUGUAUGUGAAGCUCUAUGUGGUGAAUGUGGCCACUCAGAAAAGAAUCAUCAAGAAGAAAACCAGAGUGUGUCGUCAUGAUCGCGAACCGUCUUUUAACGAAACUUUCCGCUUCUGCAUGAACCCCACAGGUCAUUCCAUUCAGCUCUUUCUUGUUUCAAACGGAGGCAAGUUCUUAAAGAAGACCCUAAUCGGCGAAGCCUACGUGUGGCUGGAUAAGGUAGACCUGCGGAAACGGGUGGUGAGCUGGCACAAGCUGCUGGCCAGCACAGCUCAGAUCCACUCCUAAAGACGGCGGUCGGAUGAGGCGCGAGGACAGAACAGGCAGCGGAGUCGCACAUCUCUGCCGCACUCUUUGGGACUAAACUGAGCUGAAUUUGGAGGGCCGACACAGGGAGCUUCCCGAUUGCACUGGCACGUGUGAUUGUGUUAACCCAAGCCAUGGAGAAACAGGUGUAUAAUGGUGUUUACAGAAAGGGUCUGACCCUUAUUGACAAGAUGCAGAUCUUUACGUUGGGAAAAGCUCAAAAAAUUGAGCCGGAGAGUCCCACAAUGUUCAUACGUAUAUGUGUACAUGCACUUUCACAAUCACUCACACUUAUCGACACAUAUUUAUACCGAUGUAUGUAUAAUAAUAUGUGUACAUUGGGCCACAACAGACAGUUAGAUAAUAGAGUGAAAGUUUAUUUAUCCCGUUUGUGAUUAUUUACAGAUAGAGACGGAUAUCGUAUACAUUAUUUUUGUAUGAUAUAGACAAAUUCAGUU